UAUGCGUUUCUAUCCUUCUCGAGGAGGCCAGACAAGCUUGAUGUCGAGCUUUGCUAAGCAACGGCUGUCUCUGACGAAGUUUCUACUUUUAGUCAUUGUAGUCGAUGUGCUCCUAAUUUCAAUUCCUAUAUUCUUGGGAAAAACGAAAGCGGCCAUCCCAGCAGGAGCUUUCUUCAAGGAAUCAGCAUUUUCUGCAUUCAGAAGGGAGGCACUGCGAUCCAUGAUCGUCCCCAACAGCAGCGUGGACAAGAGCAACCUCACUGCUUUGCACGAGAUCGUCACCAAGAUGAAUACGCAACAGGUGAUGCACCAUGUGGAUCGUUUCGGACCUCUGGGGCCAAAUGACCCCGUGCUGGUUGUGCAGGUUCAUAACCGUUGGCGCUACCUGUCGCACCUACUGUCUUCACUGGCCCAGGUAGAAGGGAUCGAAAAGGCGCUGAUUAUCCUUAGUCAUGACUACUAUGACAAUUACCUACCAUUGAUACCACAUAGCGCCUCGUUCUGCAAGGUGAUGCAGAUCUUUUAUCCGAAUUCGACGCAGCUGUACCCUUUCACGUUUCCGGGACAAGACCCACGGGACUGUCCUCGAAAUAUGAAGCCAGAACAUGCCCGGAAGAUCAAAUGCCUCGGUGCGGAUCAUCCAGAUGUCUAUAAUCAUUAUCGGGAACCCAAGUUUACCCAGAUCAAGCUGCACUGGUGGUGGAAGAUGAACACCGUAUUCCACAAACUGAACAUUACUAAGAACCACGCCGGGCCGGUGCUGCUGCUCGAAGAAGACCAUUACGUUACUCCUGAUCUGCUCGUCAUGGCUGAGCUAAUGCUGUCCCAGAAGAGCACGUUUUGCAACGACGCUGCUUGCCUGUGUUCCGUGGGCAACAACAAAUGGGGCAGCCACCAUCAUCCAGCGAACGCUGAUAAGAUUGAAGUUCGCCAAUGGCAGAGUAGCACCAACAACUUAGGGCACCUAAUUACAAGGGACGUUUGGAAUAUCAUCAGGUCUUGUGCUCACGCCUUCUGCACCUACGACGAUUACAACUGGGACCUAACACUGACCGCGUUGGCCAACACCUGUUACCCGAAGGGCAGCCUUCAAGUGAGCCUACGCAGCUCUCGCGUCAUGCACAUCGGGGACUGCGGCGUCCACAGCAAAUCCCACGUCUGCAAAGAGCUCCUGCUGAAGGGCGCCGUGCGAGCUGCAACCCAAUCCCGCGCUUGUCCUAGACCGACGAGCCUUAUACCGAUCAAAACUCGAUAUCAUGGAACACCGAAAACCAGCGGUGGAUGGGGUGACGUCAGAGACCACGAUCUUUGCCUCAGCUGGGUCACACCAGACGGCGCCACUGAAUGAUGUUCUCUGUCCGGGCGUCGUCUACUGAUGGGUAGCUGCCUUCUUGAAAGCCUUUCUGUCACGCCCAAGUAGACACAGAUUGUAUUCUGCCCUGUCACAGUAAUGUCCAGAUCGAGAUAUUCCAUAAUAAAAAUAUGAUUCAUUA